AGGACGGCUUCCAAGAUGGCUGCGCCGGAGGAGCGGGUCCUGUCGGAGGGGGAAGGCGGCGCCCUGGGUUCGGCGCGGCUCUCCCCGCCCCCGGUUUCGGAGUCUCCCGAGGCUCUGGCGCCCUUGGAGCCGCCGCCUCAGAGCAACACGCUCAUGGGGCUGCCCAUCGUGGCGAUCGAGAGCAUCCUCAGCUUCCUGUCCUACGAUGAGACCAGCCAGCUCCGCCUGGUUUGUAAGCGAAUGGACUUGGUUUGCCAGCGAAUGCUAAAUCAGGGAUUUUUGAAAGUGGAAAGAUACCACAACUUGUGUCAAAAGCAAGUUAAAGCUCAGCUUCCAAGACGGGAGUCAGAAAGAAGAAACCAUUCAUUAGCUCGUCACGCAGACAUCCUUGCUGCUGUAGAAACGAGACUCUCGCUCUUAAAUAUGACUUUCAUGAAGUAUGUGGAUUCCAAUCUCUGCUGCUUCAUACCUGGAAAGGUAAUAGAUGAAAUUUAUCGUGUGCUAAGGUAUGUAAACUCUACAAGAGCUCCUCAGAGAGCUCAUGAAGUUCUUCAAGAACUAAGGGACAUUUCCUCCAUGGCUAUGGAAUAUUUUGAUGAGAAGAUUGUUCCAGUACUGAAAAGAAAGAUACCUGGGUCAGAUGUAUCGGGACGUCUGCUAGGAACUGCCCCAGUUCCAGGAACUUCUGCAGCGCUGACAACGAUGCAGCUGUUCUCCAAGCAGAACCCUCUAAGGCAGGACAUCACCAAACUCCAGCAGCAAGUCAAAACCAAUGGCACGGGCCUGACGGCGCUGAAGCGGGAAAUCUCGGAGCUUCGCGUCAAAGUGCAAGAGCAGCAGAAACAGCUCCAAGAUCAAGACCAGAAACUGCUAGAGCAAACCCAAAUCAUAGGGGAACAGAACGCCCGGUUGGCGGAGCUGGAACGCAAGCUGCGGGAGGUGAUGGAGAGCACAGUAGGAAAUUCUUCAAGUUCUGGCUCAAAUGAACAGUCUUCUGGGAAACGGAGGAAGGCGGUGGAAGCCACAGACUGUCCUAGGAAAUCUAAACGCCUUCGGAACAGAAAAUAACUUGGGAGAAAAACGACGCCUUCAGGAGGAUACACUGCUUCAGUAGCCCAAGCAGGUCUGCUCGUUGGGAUACUGUGACUAGCUUCACAGUGUCCCUUAUAGUCUGCUGGCUCUUCAAAACACCACUUAGACUCGAACAGUUAUUUUCUUUCAUGGAGACUUUCCCCCCUGCUUUCUGUAUGGGUCGGCCUAAUGCACAGAAUCUUUCAGAUUUGCAAUAGUUACAUACUAACCAGACCUGCUCUGUUACGUUUUGAAAGGUUAAUCUUUUUUUUUUUCUGUGCAGAUGUGUUUAAAGUAAACUUAUUUGUGUUUAUGCAUAUGUUCACAUAAAAUCUUAAAUAAAUUCAGUCUUAACUGACUAAAAAGUUAAGCGUAAAAACAGAUGUCCUGUUCACUUGAAGGAAAGAUCCACUUCUAAAAUCUUGAUUUAGAGAACUUGACCUUUUUUUUUUUUUUUGUUACAAGUGACCUUGUCUGGAAUGUCUGAAAAGUAGCUAAUACUUUUUGGGAAUCUCUGUAACAAGUAAAACUGACUUCUUAAGCUACAGUAUUGGCUAUAUAUUUUUGUAAACUCACAAGGAAGGGCCUUCUAUCCAGUCUUGACCCCCACACAGCCUGGUCCUUGGUCUCGGGAGUAUCCUUCCAGUGAGGUGCUCCUCCAGUCAUGGGAGAGUCUGAGCCCAGGCUCUCUGCUGAUUUUUAACUGCCUGUAAAAUCAGGGAGCGUUAGUCAAAGCUGGAGAAUGGAGAAGCUGCCUACACAUCGCUCAAUUCAUAGGCCAACAUCUAGUACGUAGCAAAUUGUCCCCACAAUAACCCAGCUCAGGGGGACAUCAUUUGAACAAAACGCUGUAUUAUGGAAAAACUUAAAACUAUUUUGUGUGUACGUGUUGGGGGUGGGGUGGGAUGGAAUUUUCUCUGUAACACUGAUGACGAUAUUCUAAGCUUUCCUUAACCUAAAAGGUCAAUCACUUCAGACAAAGCUUUAAUUUCUUUUGCACUUCUGUUUUGAGCUUGUAACUGGAAAAGCAUGUCUUGCACUGUUCAGUCUCUCUGGUCACUUUAACAACCUCAGAGUUGUCUACAGUGAUUUUUUUUUUUAAAUUUUUUUCCUCAUCUGUAUAUUUUUGGAACUUUGUACAAAUACCAUAUAUAAUGGUAUUAGCUCAUAUCAGAAGUAACAUUGCAAAUGCCUAAUUUUUGGCAGACAUUUAAUUUUCAAAUAAACUUGUUGGGGAGUUUGAAUCUUUUUUUAAAAA